AUGCUCAAACCACAGGCUAAUUCAACUAGAGAUGUCGUCUCUUUGGACGGCAUCUGGAACUUUGCACUUGCAUCAUCACCCGACAUUGAAGCAGACGCACCGUGGUCUAAGCUCAUCCCGCCAAAGCUUCAAGUACCCGUACCCGCCAGCUACAACGACAUCUUUGCAGACGAAAAGAUUCGCAGUCACGUAGGAUGGGUGUACUAUCAGCGGCAAGUCACGGUGCCUCGUAGAUGGUCGCCCGAAGAUCAAAGAUAUUUCUUGCGAUUCGACGCAGCUACCCAUCGUGGCCGUGUCUACGUCAAUGAGAAGCUAGUCGCCGAUCAUGCUGGUGGAUACACCCCCUUCCAGGCAAACAUCACUGACAUCAUCAAACCCGGCGAGAGGUUCCGCUUGACUGUGGCUGUGAGCAACGAGCUGAGCUGGGAGACGAUUCCCCCUGGCAAAAUUCAGACCCUCGCCAACGGCAAGCGGAAGCAGAACUAUCAGCAUGAUUUCUUCAACUAUUCCGGGCUUGCACGAUCGGUGUAUUUGUGUUCGAAGCCGGCGGUAUCCAUCAGCGACAUCACUGUCGUAACGGACAUCCUUGAGUCGGGAGCAGGCAAAGUUCAAUACAAGGUUGAAACUUCGCAGCCGGUGGGGGAUGACAAGGUCAAGAUCUCUGUUCUUGACGAGGAGGGGUUGACGGUGGCUCAAGCGAAUGGGACGAAAAAUGAGUUGACGAUCAACUCGGCGCAUUUAUGGCAACCCGGCGCGGCAUAUUUGUACCAACUCCGUGUGGAGAUACUAUCAGGCUCAAACAAAGAUGAGCUUCUCGAUACUUAUGAACUCUUCUUUGGCAUCCGCACAAUCUCGGUCAAGGGCAAUCAGUUCCUCAUCAACGGCAAGCCCUUUUACUUCACCGGCUUCGGCAAGCAUGAAGACUCGCCAAUCCGCGGCAAGGGCUUCGACCCGGCCUACAUGAUUCACGAUUUCCAUCUCAUGCGCUGGAUGGGAGCCAACUCAUUCCGGACAGCUCACUAUCCCUACGCCGAAGAGGUUCUCGACUACGCCGACCGACACGGAAUCGUCGUCAUCAACGAGACUCCGGCGGUGGGUAUCAACCUCGGCAUCAUUGCUGGCGUCUUCGGGCUCAAGGCGCCUCCGACAUUUGCCCCCGAUGCGUGCAACGAGACGACGCAGGCGGCGCAUGACCAGGCUAUCCGAGAGCUCGUGGCGCGAGACAAGAACCAUCCGUCGGUGGUGAUGUGGACAGUUACCAACGAGCCUGCGUCGGCGGAGCCCGGUGCAAGGGAGUACCUCGAGCCGCUAGUCUCAUUGACGCGCGAGCUGGACCCGACGAGACCGGUCUGCUUCGCGAACAUGGGGUUCGCUACGUUCGAGAAGGACCUCGUGACAGACUUGUUCGACGUCAUCUGCCUGAAUCGCUACUACGGAUGGUACUCUCAGACAGGCGAUUUAGAAGAGGCGGAGCAGGUCCUAGAGAAAGACUUGCUUGGAUGGCAGGACAAGUAUGGUAAGCCCAUGAUCAUGACAGAGUACGGCGCCGAAGCUGUGGCGGGGCUACACGCCGUAUGUGACGUUCCCUGGAGCGAGGAGUAUCAAGGAAAGUUUCUGGAAAUGUUCCACCGAGUAUUUGAUCGUGUUGAGAACGUUGUUGGAGAGCACGUGUGGAACUUUGCGGAUUUCCAGACGACGUCGAGUAUCACUCGGGUGGAUGGAAAUAAGAAGGGCGUUUUCACACGGGACAGAAAGCCAAAGGGGUCUGUACAGGUUUUGAAAGCACGAUGGACGGCUAAGCAGGCGAAAGAUGUAUGA